AUGCGACCGACGGACGCGCGAGUCACAGCAGAUCCUGUGUCGACGGCUCACUCCACUGCAGGCGGUCUGGAGACAGAGUGCGAGCAGCCCAGUUACACUAAAGAAUAUCAGGAGUGUGGGAGAGGGAUGGGGGGAGCGGGUGGGGAGGGGUUGAUGAAGAGGAGAGGGAGGAGUGAGGUGACAAGAGAUGAGAGAGAGCGCGACGAGUUGUGGUAUAGGGAGGUAUGUGGUGAGCGAAUAGCGGACGCGAGUGGAGGGGGUAGUGAGCGGUGGCGGGGGAGGGGGGGGGGGGGGGGGGGGGGGGUGGAUGAUAAGUACGGUGUACAAAUGUGGGGAUCGGUUAGGGGUGGUGUGUGGUGGGAGGAGGUGAGGGGGUGUGGGGGGCGAGGAAGACUGGGGGCCAGGAAGAUGGAGGGUGGUUGGUUUUGUUUGAGUUGUGGGGUGUGUAAUGUUUGA